UAUCUUAGUAUAUUUUUCACUAAAUUCAAAAUGUACAGAUUUCUCGUUUGUCUGGUUAUUACAGUCGUAGAAGAUGAAAUAAAAACUAACGUUUCUUACUCGAUGACUAAGUACUGUUUGUGGGUUGAACGAAGAUAUACUCACCGUUCCAAGACCGAGGAAUCUGUAAAGGGUGAUAAAGAUCAUGAUAUUAGCCUUGAAAAAACGGCUGCUUUAAAGCUGGAGUCUCUGAAACUAUAUCUGGAUGAACAUCUUCCAGAAUCGCAGAAGUUGGUAUUUCGUGUUAAAUGGCACGAUGGCAGCAUUAAUCCAGAAGCUGUACCGGAACACAAGGAAUACUUAAAUAAGUUGUGUAAAACUGUGGAGGAAGAACUUUGUGCAAUGAUUGAUCGACUAUGUGAAGAAGACCUUAUUGAAGAGUCUCGUCAAUUGUACAAAGGUAUAGAAAAUCAACUGUAUACUGAACUUGUACAGCAGGCAGCAACUUGCAAGGCUCUUCUCUCUUCAUUUAUUGGCCGUCAAGAGUUUUUGUCAGAAUUACAGAAGUAUGUUACUUCAGAUUCUUCUCAUCCUAUCGUUAUCCAUGGACCUCCUGGAUGCGGUAAAACUGCCUUAAUGGCCCAGGCUUCACAACAGUGCUCGGAGUGGUUACCAGUUUCUCCCGUUAUUGUACGCUUUAUGGGUACAACUUCAGAAUCAAAAACACUAGAUCAAGCUUUGCGAAGCAUAUGUGAACAAGGAUGUGCUCUCUUUUGUGAACAUCCAUCUUUAGCGUCUAAGAGUGGCUGGGAACCACAAGAAGUUCUAGAGGUAAUUAUGGACAAAGUAACUUCGCACCAUCCUUUGAUCAUCUUCAUAGAUGGGUUAGACCAGGUAGCUUCAUUCAGCAGUAGAGACCUAAGGUGGCUGCCGGCCGAACUACCAAAACAUGUGAAAUUGAUAAUUAGUGUUCGGGAUGAAACCGUAGAAUAUCGGGAGUUGAAGAAUAACACGUUGAGUCAGACAGAAGGAAGCUUUAUGUUUCUUCCUGGAUUCUCUCAAGAAGAGAGCCUGUCUCUUGUGGAAGAAGUGUUGCAGAGGAAAGAUCGAAAGAUAACUGACGCGCAGUGCCAGCUCCUUCAACAGUGUUUUGACAAGUGUAGCUUACCCAUAUCUGUUGAGCUCUUAGCUCACCAGAGUUCUGAGUGGGUAAGUGCUCAAGGACCUGAUGACUUGAUAAUCAAACAGAUGCCAGAAGAUGUGUUUAUGGACACUGUAACAGAGAUAGAGAAGUACUUAAGUGGUGCCACCUUGGGUUUUAUAAUUGGGCUGUUAGCAACUGCUAAACAUGGACUUUCUGAUGCUGAAGUAUUAGAUAUUAUAACCUGUGAAAAAACGUUGUUAGAAACAGUGUUGCUUACCUUGGGUGUUUCUACUCCUAAAUAUUUUCCUAUCUUGCUUUGGUAUGUAGUUAAAAGAAAACUAUCUGUAUUUUCAAAUACAUCUAUAGUGGGUAGUAAAUGUUUAAUAUCUUGGAAAAAUUCAUUUAGGUGCUUGUGUGAACAGUACUGCCGUCAUGUGGGUGAGACCACCACCUCCAUUAGUGUUGCAUUAUUUAACUAUUUCCAAGGGCAAUCUGAAAGGGACUCCAGUAAGGAAAAAUCUUCAGAGAAUGUGAGUAACUUGGUGCUAGAUCAGCCACUUUUUUAUAAAUAUUAUCCAAAUCAUAGAAAAUUAGAUGAGUUGCCUUUCCACUGUUUGCAACACUUGGAAGACAACUGGGUUAGACAGAACUUUUUUUUAAAUACAAAAUGGUUGCAAAGUAAGUUACAAGGAUCUGAUCCCUAUCAGGUGCUAGAAGACAUUGCCAUCUAUCAGUCUCGUGUUCCAUCUGAUUCUGAUGUACUUCUCCUACAAAAAGUCAUUCAACUUUCCAGCUAUGCUCUUAGGUAUGAUGGAGUGCAGUUUUUGUCUCAAGUUUAUGGCCGACUAUCUCAAAUCAUGACUUCAAGUGAAAGUGAAAAAUUUCCCUGUGUUAGAACAAUGUUUCAUACUGCAUCUUGCCCACCAGUUCCUAGUCUUCUUCCUCUGAUGCCUUGUCUUUACGAACCAAAUCUACAUCAAGAACAUUACGUACAAGAAACUAAUGAUGUAAAUAUUGGAAGUUAUUUUUGUGGCUUUCAUUGGUUGCAAAAUGACUCGACUCACGUGAUCUCAUUUUCCACCCAAAGUGGAGAAAUAACGAUUUGGAAUAUUUAUGAACCCGCUCCCGUCAGAACAAUCAAAGGUAUAAUACAGCCUAAGAAUGUUAAGAUGAUUGAUUCUUAUCGUGCUUUGGUUUUGUGUAAUCGAGAACUCAGAGUUUAUGAUCUGAAUGAGGGGAAGCUUCUUGUAAAGUUGAAAGGUGUGAUGAACCAGAAGAUGGCAUACUUUGGCAUACAUAGCCAAAACUACGCUGUAGCACUUUCCAGGAACCGGAUGUACGUGAACAUGAUAAAUCUGGGAACAGGAGACCUAGAGACCACCUUUAAAGUUGGUGAAGACAGGUUUUUAAACAGCUUAUUAGUGAGUGACAACGGAAAGAUUUGUGUAUGUGGGGAUGAAACUCAAAAACCUUUCCCACUAUUGGUGUGGGAUUUAACCAACAGAAGGCUCUUGCACGAUCUGCGGAUACCAAACCACGAGUUUUUAACUCGUAUGUCGGCAAUCACCAGUGAUGGGCACUAUGUGGCGUGUGUUUGUAGGGAGUUGAGUGAUAGCGGUCCAACCUUCAUUAUCGUGUAUGAUCUCCAGAGUGGAACUUUAUUCAAGAAAUGGAAGCCUGAAAAUAGCAGCUGUAGUAUUGCCAUUUCUUCAUCAGGAGGCUGUGUUGUUAAUGGCUUAGAAAACACAUGGAUCUUGGUAUGGGAUUUGGCUAAUGGAGGAUGCAGGUCUAUAUUGAGAGGUCAUAGUGCACCUGCCGAUACACUUAAAAUGGAUGAAAGUGGAACUCGAUGCCUUUCGUUUGACUCAACUGGAAGAGAUAAAAGUAUCAGAGUGUGGGAUGUAGUUAAAGGUCAGUGCCUUGCAGUAUUUACACCUGAUCAUGACAUAUUGUGUUGCGAGUUCUCUCCUGAUGGUAGAGCAGUAGCGAUGGGUCUGAAAGGUAAAGAUAAACUAAUCACUCUCCUUCUCUGUCACUGUUGUACAGUUAAAGAUGGAAAGAGGAAGACUUCAGAUUUUGGAGACCCAGACAACAGAGGCAAGGUAUUUGAUGCAAGUGAAAAGGAGUAGGUGAAACAACUUAAAGAAAUUUAAUGAUAAUUUAAUGCAAUUUCAUUCUACUUACUUACACGCACAUGAAUGGUGUUAACACCUUUUUACUGUAAGACAUGAUACUUUAGAAACUGAUGUAUUAAAAAACAACUUUGUUUUGCCAUUCCUACCCGUAUUCAAACAUCUUGGGAACAUAGCGACUUGUUAGAGGACCGUUCUUUCUACUAGGAGUUGUAACUAUCGGGAAGUGAUCCUUGUAUAGCACUUAAACAAUUAAAAUUAAACGUGUUGGGAUCAUAUUUGAAAUGUUCAUUUAAUUUAUUUGUGACUUCUAGUAUUUCUUGUUUACACUGCCAUUAAUUUUUUUGUAAUUAUUUGCUUGGUUUGUUUAUGUUUUAGAAUUUUAAAAUGUGCUAAAAUAUUUUAGGAGUGAUCUUUUCAUUAACAACUAAGUGGCUUUGCUUUUUGGCAUUUGAUUUUGAUAAUUGCUAAUACCAAGUUUCUCUUAACUGGGUGAUCAGAAUAUUAAAUAUGAUGUUGAAUAAAUGACCUUUGAAUACACGGCUGAAGUAUUCUUCCUUACCCCC